AGGCUGCUCGCCCACGGGGUUGCGGGGCCCAAGAUCCCGCCCCUCACUCCAGCUCCUGCCGGGAGCGAGCCCUAGCUCCCUUUGACCUCUGCCCCUUUAUAAUCUCCCUCAAGCCCCUUUAUAAUCCGCCCCCCCUCCCCCACCAGAGUACCGGCCUAGCUCGCGGGACGGAAGGAGGGGGAAGGAGGAGUGUUAAACGCGGCUUGAGCACUCUCGGUAUCCGUAGCUCGGGACCGUGGGAUGCCGGUCCCGAGUGUGGCUGCUACUCUGGGGCUGCCUUGGGCCUGAAGGCGCUGACCACCCCGCGCGCCUGAGGGCGGAGCCGGAGCCGCUGCAGCCGCCAUGGCCGACUACUGGAAAUCACAACCUAAGAAAUUCUGUGAUUAUUGCAAGUGCUGGAUAGCAGACAAUAGGCCUAGUGUUGAAUUUCAUGAACGGGGAAAGAACCACAAGGAAAAUGUGGCCAAAAGAAUCAGUGAGAUUAAACAGAAAAGCCUAGAAAAGGCAAAAGAAGAAGAAAAAGCAUCAAAGGAGUUUGCGGCAAUGGAGGCAGCUGCCCUUAAAGCAUACCAAGAGGAUUUGAAAAGACUUGGAAUCAGUUCAGAUGUUACAGAAUCUAGCACACCACAAGUAACUAACACUGCCCCACCUAUCUCAUUAUCAAAUCAGAAGAAGGAAAAGAAAAAGAGGAAAAAAGACCUUUCCAAUAUAGAUGCAGUAGGAGCUUCCAAAUGGGUAGAAGGCAUGUCUUCAGAGGGUUACCAUUACUAUUAUAAUACCAUCACAGGAGAAUCUCAGUGGGAGAAACCUGAAGGAUUUCAAGGAAAAUUUAGUAAGAAAGCAGCAAUGCCUCUUUGGGUAGAAGGUUUAAGUGAAGAUGGUUAUACCUAUUAUUAUAAUACAGAAACAGGUGAAUCCAAAUGGGAGAAGCCUGAGGAUUUUGUUCCACAAGUUGGAGAGCCCAUUUCUAGUAAUAGUACUGAAACACUUGAUGCCCCAGCUGAAUCAAAGUCAUCUGAUUCUGAUAGUGAUUCCAGUGAAAUACAAGAAACAGAGGAAGAAGAGGAGGAAAAAUCAGAGACCUCUACAGAAGUACAAAAGCCAAAAAUAAAGUUUAGGAAAAGAACUAAAAAUGAUCAUGCUGAAGAAACUGAAACUGAAUCAAAGAAGGAAAAAAGUGAUGGCAAGAAGGAACAAGACUCACCAGGUCCAUUAGAAAAAAAACCUAGGUCUCCUAAAAAGCCAAACCCUUAUGGGGAAUGGAAAGAAAUUAAGCAAGAGGAUAAUCCCUAUGAGAAGAUAGAUUUGGAACUUCCGAGUACAGAGGAUGAAUACAUAGGAGCUCCAGUUGCUGAUAUGAGUGGGGACCCAAAAGUGACAUUUAAAGAAAAGACAGUCACCUCUCUUGGAGAUGUGGCAGAAGGAGUAGCUCCAGUCUUCAAAAAGAGAAGAUUUGAUAAUGGAAAAUCUAGAAAUUUAAGGCAAAGAGGAGGUGAUCAGUAAUUUUAAUUUAAUAACAAAAAGCAGUCUGUGCCCUCUUUUGGACCUGUUUGGACAAGAAGAGCCUCUAACUUUGUCAGCUAUUUUUUGUUUGUUUUUUAAUGGUUUAGAUACUAAGAAUGUAGACUUCUAAGUUGUACUAGAUGUGAAUUAUAAUAAAUCUAUUUUUUAUUUUUAUGUGAA